AACUCGAAGCUAACGGAAAAUCUGGCAGAACAACAUAAUCAGGUCCAGCAGGGCCAUGCUGAACCAAAGAAGAUGGCAAAGUUUCUCAGAGAUGCAAUAGAGACCCGGCUGCGGAUGUACAGGUACAUGCCCUACAUCGAAACAUGGCCACAGGCGAUGAGCGUGUUGCUCCUUCCUCACAGCAUCCCUGACAGCCUGAAGCACCUCUCCACCAUGGUAGACAACAUCUGGUACUAUGCUGGAGACCGGUCCACAGACAUGAACUGGUACACUAAACGGGCCGUUCUGACGGGCAUCUAUAACACCACAGAGCUGGUGAUGCUUCAGGACUCCUCUCCGGACUUUCAGGACACCUGGACCUUCCUUGAUAAUCGCAUUCAGGAUCUAGUCAACAUGGCCACCACAGCCAAGCAGGUCCAGUCGACUGGUGAAGCUGUGGUGCAGGGGCUCACGGGAGCUGCUGUCACUUUGAAGAAUCUCACAGGACUGAACCAGAGGCGAUGAUGGGAAACAUCUCCGUCCCACUUGGCCA